UUAGACACUAAUACCAAACGAAGCGUGAGACUGUUUUGAGGAACAAACAGUGACGCAACGGAGUGGCAAUGCUUCGGAGGAGAUAUAAUGCUAGUGUAGGGCAGACUGGAGGAUUCUCGACGAUUCAACGGAUAGAAAAUUGACAGGAUGGUACGACCAAUGAACAAAUCAAUUAAGAGUAGCUUAGCGAAAUAGCAGCACUGCCCGAGGACUCUGACCGCAGUGUUCCUGUUUGAUCGUAUGAACAACACAUUAUUCCAACUUGCUCCGUCGCAACUGAUAUGCUCGCUUUAUGGACUUGGCUCGUGGAGGACUCGAGGAUGCGGCUCUGCGGAGACUUCCAGCGACACAGCCAAACUCUCCCCCCCCCCAAAGAGGAGUGCGCUGAAGCAUGGCGUCGCUGUUUCCCUGUCAUAUUAUCCAGCCCCUGCAGACUUCACCGGUCUGUUGUGGGCAGUGGGCUUAGCACGGCCAGGGAGGGCGAAACGCAUCAAUGAGGGAGGGGUGUCGGAUGCAUCCAACAUGCCCAGCUACCCAAUCAAUCCCGGUGGAAGAACAAAUCAUCGUUGGCUUCGAGCUACCACUUGUGCCGUCAGGACGCUCACCAUGAGGGAGUGCGGGAAGGAGGCGGAGAUGAGAAAAAGAAAUGGCAAUUUUAAUGUAUUGUUGGACAGGUUUAACACCCUAAACUCCCAGGUCGGAGGAUACGUGGGCCGCGUGCCCGCGCCCUUUUGCUUGCUUUCGAGGGACUUGACCCCUCCCCCAGUUUUGGCGGCAUCUAGCCAGUCGCCCACCACGAUUUGUCGCGCUUUGAGGCCCGGGCUUGCAAUACAAUUGACAAUCUUUCAGCCAUGAGGCAUAAACCCUAUGGCGCACGUUCCAUGAAAUGGAUUCUCCAACCCCGGGCGAUCUGCGGGAGGGGCCGACUAAUCAAGACAA